CAAUAUCAUCUUUCACAGUGCUCUCCAUAUUACUCAUUCUCAUGCUGGUAAUAUGGGAGGAGCAUUCAUGAUCCUCCUUGAACUGCUGCCCCUCUCCCUCAUCUUUCUCCCCAUCCUCUUUUACAUAACCCUCGCCGCGUUCUGGCGAGGCGAUAAAAUCUCCGGCCCAGCCAGUCCGGCAACCUAUCCCCUAAUAGGUUGUCUGAUAUCUUUCUACAGGAACAAGCACCGUUUGUUGGAUUGGUACACUGAGCUACUAGCUCAGUCCCCAACCAACACCAUAGUGGUUCAAAGGCUUGGUGCACGUAGAACCAUUGUGACAGCAAACCCACAAAAUGUUGAGUACAUGCUAAAGACAAACUUCAACAACUUCCCCAAAGGCAAGCCCUUCACUGAGAUCCUCGGAGACUUCCUCGGCCAGGGGAUCUUCAACGUCGACGGAGAGCCGUGGCUCACGCAGCGAAGACUGGCGAGCCACGAGUUCUCCACCAAGUCCCUGAGGGAGUUUGUCAUGCACACGUUGGAGAAAGAAGUGUGUGAGAGGCUUGUGCCUGUGCUAGAGGCACUGUGUGGUGAGAACAAGGUGGUUGACUUGCAAGAGCUGCUAGGGAGAUUCUCAUUCAAUGUGAUCUGCAGGUUCACACUGGGGACUAAUAGGUGCUGUUUGGACCCUUCUGUGCCUACUUGUCCCCUUGCAAGGGCUUUUGAUGUGGCUGCAGAGGUGUCUGCUAAACGUGGAGCAGCACCUUUGUUCAUGAUGUGGAGGGUGAAGAGAUGGCUCGGUGCUGGAUCUGAGAGAUUGCUUAAAAAUGCUGUUGGGGAAGUUCAGACUCAUGUCAUGAGAAUGAUUCAGGAGAGGAAGAAGCAAAAGGGUGAGAGAAACGAUGAUGAUGUUGAAGAUGAUCUCUUGUCAAGGCUUAUAUGUGCAGGCCAUGAAGAGGAGAUAAUCAGAGACAUGGUGAUAAGUUUCAUCAUGGCAGGGAGGGACACUACUUCAGCAGCUGUGACAUGGUUCUUUUGGGUACUAUCACAUUAUUCCCAUUUGGAGGAAAAGAUAGUGGAAGAGGCAAAAGGGGUGUUGGAUUAUGAGUCACUGAAGAAUUUGAGUUUCUUGAAAGCAUGUUUGUGUGAGUCCAUGAGGCUGUAUCCACCAGUGGCAUGGGACUCUAAGCAUGCCACUGAUGAUGAUCUGUUGCCAGAUGGCACUGUGGUCAAAGCAGGAGAUAGGGUCACAUAUUUUCCCUAUGGAAUGGGGAGAAUGGAAGACUUGUGGGGGAAGGAUUGGUUUCAAUUUAGACCAGAUCGAUGGUUUGUCGAACCAAGAAACAUUGAAGGAAUAAUAAUGUUGAAUGACGUUUCUCCUUUUUCGUUUCCAAUUUUUCAGGCUGGUCCAAGGGUGUGUCUGGGCAAGGAAAUGGCCUUCAUUCAAAUGAAGUAUGUGGUGGCUUCAAUUCUUAGCAGAUUCACAUUUAGAAUUGUUGGUCCAGAGAAGCCUAUAUUCGUGCCACUGCUCACGGCACACAUGGCUGGCGGCUUAAGAGUAUUGGUUUGCAAAAGGGGAAAAAAAAGCUGAGUUGUUAGAUUGUCUCAGAUUUUUUUUUUAUUAUUAUUCAAUUGAAUCAAUCGUACGUACUCAUUAAAUAAAUACUUUCAGGCACUCCAUUUUGUAUUUCCCUUUUUCUGUUCUCAUAUUGAGAAAGCUAAUUGAAGAAGGGAAAAAAUAGUUGGUACAACCCACAUCAAAUGCCUCUUUAGACAAAAGCUUAACUUUCAUGUUUUUGAAAGUUGUAUAGAAAAUACUGAAAGUAAUUAAAUCCUAUUUUUGCUUAUUA